AGAUCAACACAAACAGAAAAAGAAAUCUGUAAAAGAAAAAGAAAAAGAGAACCCUAGUGGCACCGAUCGAAGAGUCAAUAACCGGCGAGUCGGCGACGGCUAUGCGUCACAAAUCGAUCCAGUGACACCGCCGCUGUCGUUUCGUUCAUUCGCUUUGUGCUGACAUGAAGACCUUACAGAUCGAUCCGUCCCCCGCGGCGCCGGCCAAGUCGCGGCUGAAGCGGCUGUUCGAGCGGCAGGUGCUGCGGGUCUCGCCGGCGGAGCGGCUCCCGUCGGUCCCCAGCGGCGGGGAGAAGGAUCAGCUGUCGGAGCCCAGCUCGGUGUGCCUGGACGGCAUGGUCCGGAGCUUCUUGGAGGACGGCGGCGGCGAGCGGGGCGCGGCCGCGCGGUGCUGCAACUGCUUCAACGCCGGCGACACUUCCGACGACGAAGACGGCCCCGCUGCGGCGGAGGCUGCAGCCACCGACAUCGCAGAGACCAUCAAGGGCCUCGUCCACUGCGCCAGCCUCCGGGAACGCAACCUCCUAGCCGACGUUUCCACCCUCGUCGAGCGCCACCGCGCCGCAGGCGCGCGCAAGCGCGACCUCCUCCGCCUUCUGGCCGAGUCCCUCCGCACCGCGGGACACGACGCCGCGGUCUGCCUGUCCCGCUGGGAGAAGUCCUCCUCCCACCCUGCCGGGGAGCACGCGUACCUGGACGUCCUCCUUCCCGCCGGCUCCGAGCGCGGCGAGCGCGAGCGCGUUCUCGUGGACGUCGACUUCCGGUCUGCGUUCGAGGUCGCGCGGCCCACCAAGGCGUACCGCGCCGUGCUGCAACGGCUGCCAUCGGUGUUCGUCGGGAGGGAGGACCGCCUGCGCCUCCUCGUGGCAGCCGCCGCCGACGCGGCGCGCGCCAGCCUCAAGAAGCGCGGCCUCCACCUUCCGCCCUGGCGCAAGCCCGAGUACAUGCGCGCCAGGUGGCUCUCCCCCUACGAUCGCGAGGCUCCCCCUCCGCCUCCGCCGCCGCCGCCUGAAUCCUCCACCAGUGACCUCGCCGGCGACGGCGAAGGAGGUGGAGGCGGGCCCAGUGCUUAACUGAGGGCGUUUUUGGAAUUCCUUUUCUCUUUUUAUUAUCCGGGAAUUUACAGUGUGGUCCUUCUACAGGGACUGGACGCAAAUGUUCUGCUUUGUUUUUUUGCUCCUUUUAUUUUUUUUCCUUUUUACCCUUUCAUGGGUUUCAUUUUCCCUGCGGAGUAGUAACUAGUACCGGUAAGUAUGGAGAAGGAGACCAAAAAAAAAUUGUAGUGUUAGUUUUGCAGAGAUAAAAAAGGAGAUUCUGGAUUGA